CCAUUUUCUCUAAAAAAAUUUCCCUCUUCUUUCUUAAAUUUUCUUUCAUUUCUCUCUUCACCACGAUUAUUUUCCUUUCCCUCUUCCAUUCCCCAUAAAAUUUCCAAAUACGAAUCUUAAAUGCAUGCCCUAGCUCCCACUGUUGCACAUUGGCGACUCUAGCUCCCUCCACCGCCGUAGCUUCCAUCAAUCCACGCUUCAGUUGUUCUCCGCUCCAACUUUCGUCCUUGCUCGCUCACGCCGUUUGUGGGCUUUCUUAGGGAGUUUUUCUUAGGAUAGCUUGCCACAGUUGCAGAUGGUGUCCCCUUGUUUGAGAUUUUUCUCAGAGUGAACAAAAUGGCGAAUAUAAACAGCAAGUACCUAUCUUAAAGCAUCUAAUAUUAUUUACUGCUUGAAUAAAAAUUUUCUUUGAUAAAGUUACUAACAUAUCAUGGUAGGCCAGCCGUAAGUGUUGUAGAAUUAGAAAGGGACUUAGAGUGUUGGUCCAAUGAUUUUGAGAUGAUCUCAGACCCUAGGAUUACUAGAGGCAAUGCCAACUUUUGAUUCAAUUAUAUUCGUCCUGAGUAGCAUUCCUAUUUACUUCUUGUCUUAUUGUAGAGUCCCGUCUUCAAUUGUCUUAUUUUCUUUAUGCAUUGUGCGAAAAGUUUUUACUUUCAAUUCUGCUGCUACUUUGCUAGGUGAUCUGUUACAGCCAAGAUGAUUCAACCACAUACAUUUAUCAACUUACAUAACCCAUAAAUUUUGGUUAUGAGUCCUCGUUUUUCAUAACAAACUAACUUAAUAAAGAGCUUGAUGCUGAGUAUUUCUUAAUUACAUCUUUUGUGGCUUGUUAAGGUUUGUGCGAUUUUGUGAGGUAUGUAUUGUAAGGAAUAAUAGAUUAUUGUUGGGCCAAGGGGUUUAGAUGUCUAAUGAGGAUGGUGUGGGUUGUUAGGUGCUACGUUUCUCUUUGGCCUUGUUAAAGUUUUCUGUAAUUAUCUAUGUGGCUAUUAACAUAUUGUAGAGAAUAUGGAAUCUAUGAUUGGAGAAGGAUUUUCCUUUACAACUGGAGUUGUACUUGCUUUAUGUGUUUCACUUUUUUCUAAACCUUAAAGGCACCAUUUUGUCGUACGCUUGACCAAUGCAAUUAAAUUUCUGUCUUACUUCUGAGAAUAUUAAAUGUACAUCCUCUGAUCAACCUCUAGUAUUCAAGGAAACAGAAGAAUUUGGUUAUGUGGCGCAUAUCAAGGUUAUGGUUUUCAUGUGGAUGGGUUAAAGGUAUCAACAAAUAACUUAUGCCAUUGUGCCAAUAAAGGAGGAAGUUGAACUUGUUGAGCUCGAAAACUGAGGGACUUGUAUUCUAUGCCACUUUAAAUGCCAUUGCAUAUUUCUACAUGAGUCGCUGGCACCACCACCACCAUCGUCCCUCGUGCCCAGCUCGUGCCCGCCACCACCGCCGUCACUCCUCACUUUCUUCAAACACUGAUGUUGCUUUGGGGUUUUUUGCUUUGGGGUUGUCGACGAAAAGAAUGAUUCUUGUUGCAGAUCCGUUUUCUAUGGCACCCCAAAAAGCACUUGAAAGUAUUGGAAAAACAUUGAGUGUACAGUAUGAGAGGCCCGUUAUAAAGUUCAGCUGGAUCCCACUGUGGAAGAGUGUUGAUCCACCUGAUGUAAUUAAGAUUUCACCUUGUGCCAGAAUGGAGUGCUGGAUAGAUCCGUUUUCUAUGGCACCCCAAAAAGCACUUGAAAGUAUUGGAAAAACAUUGAGUGUACAGUAUGAGAGGUGGCAACCCAGGGCCCGUUAUAAAGUUCAGCUGGAUCCCACUGUGGAAGAGGUAAAAAAGCUUUGUAGUACAUGUCGCAAGUAUGCAAAGACUGAACGGGUUCUCUUCCAUUAUAACGGACAUGGUGUUCCAAAGCCAACAGCUAGUGGUGAAAUUUGGCUUUUUAACAAGAGUUAUACCCAGUAUAUCCCCUUACCUAUUAGUGAUCUGGAUUCAUGGUUGAAGACACCUUCCAUUUACGUGUUCGACUGUUCUGCUGCUGGGAUGAUAGUCAAUGCCUUCACUGAGCUUCACGAUCCCUCUGGAUCAACGAGGGACUGCAUUUUGCUUGCAGCAUGUGAAUCACAUGAAACUCUUCCCCAAAGAGCUGAAUUUCCUGCAGAUGUUUUUACCUCUUGCCUUACAACACCAAUCAAGAUGGCCUUGAGAUGGUUAUUCGAGCUCGGUUGCUACAGUUCAGGAAGAGGAAUGUCAAGCCCUUGCUGCAUUUGGUGCCUGUUUCCAAUAUUAAUAAUUGUUUGAAGAAGCAUUUUCGAGACCUUUAAAAUGUCGUGAUCUUUGAAUUUAUAUAAUUCUGUUUGGUUGCAGUUAAUUUUACAAGCGUGUUUUCAUUGUUGGUGGAAUCAGACUUGAAUAAUAUGGGAUUUAUGUGCUUUAAGAUAUGAAUGGGAUUUAUUGUUGCUUUAAGAUA